GCUCCUCCUACUCCCAGCUCCAGGCUCGAGCCUGCUUGGUCUUAACCUCAGAGACCGCGGAGCCCCGACGCCGGAUCCCCGUCCCCGCUCGCCAUGAGUCCCGCGCGGCGGAGCGCCCGCGUGGUGCUGCGCCUACUGGGCGGGCUGGCCCUGCCGCUGCUGCUACUCCUGCGUCCUCCCGCUGCGUCGGGUGACUGCAGCCUUCCCCCAGAUGUACCUAAUGCCCAGCCAGCUUUGGGAGCUCUUACAAGUUUUCCCAAACAAAGCACAGUAACAUACAAAUGCAACGAAGGCUUUGUAAAAGUUCCUGGCAAGGCAGACACAGUGGUCUGUCUGAAUAAUCAAUGGUCAGAGGUUGCAGAAUUUUGUAAUCGUAGCUGUGAUGUUCCAACCAGGCUACUUUUUGCAUCUCUCAAAAAGUCUUAUACCAAACAGAAUUAUUUUCCAGAAGGUUCCACUGUAGAGUAUGAUUGCCGUUUGGGCUUCAUAAGGGACCAUUCUCUCUCAGGAAAACUAACUUGCCUUCAGAAUUUUACGUGGUCCAAACCUGAUGAAUUUUGUAAAAAAAAAUCAUGUGGUAACCCUAGAGAAAUAAAAAAUGGUCAUGUCAGUAUAACACGUGACCUGUUAUUUGGAUCGUCCAUCCAUUUUUCAUGUAAUACAGGGUACAAAUUAGUUGGUGCAACUUCUAGUUACUGUUCUCUUGCGGGAAAUACUGUUGAGUGGAGUGGUCGGUUUCCAGAAUGCCAAGAAAUUUUAUGUCCAGAACCACCAGAAGUUGACCAUGGAAUGAUUGAAAAUGAACAAAGCAGUUAUGCAUAUAGACAAUCUGUAACAUAUAAAUGUAUGAAAGGCUUCACCCUGCAUGGAGAGAGCUCUAUCUAUUGUACUGUAAAAGAUGACCAAGGAGAGUGGAGUGGCCCCCCACCUGAAUGCAAAGAAACUUUUCAAAUUUACAAAGUCACACCAGCAGUUCAGAAACCCACCAGAGUACAUGUUCCAGCUACCAAAGCCUCAUCAUCUCCUCAGAAAUCCACCACAGUGAAUGCUCCAGCUACAGAGGUUCCACCAACUCCUCAGAAACCCACCACUGUAAAUGUUUCAGGUACAGAAACCCCACCAACUCCUCAGGAACCCACCACUGUAAAAGUUCCAGCUACAGAAGCCCCACCAACUCCUCAGAAACUCAUCAAAAUAAACUCUUCAGCUACAAAGUCCCCACUAGCUUCUCAGAAACCCACCACUGUAAAUGUUCCAGCUACAGAAGUCUCAUCAGCUCCUCAGAAACCUUCCACAGCAAAUGAUUCAGCCACAAUAGCCCCAAAUUCCCCCAUCUCAAACACUGUCUCUACAGCAGCUCAGAAUCCCAUCAUGGCAAAUGCUUCUGCAGCACAGGCCACACCACCAACCCAAAGAUUCACCAAGGCAAAAUCUUCACUUACACAGAAUCUUAGAGCAACACAAAAGUCCACUGCUGUACAUACCCCAGUGACCAAGAGUCUCCAUGCAACACAAAGAUUGACCUCUGCUCAUGUUACAGCAACAAGGAGUCCAGCUGUUCCCAGGACAACCACACAUUUUCAUGCAACAAGCACACCUAAAGGAGGAGGAAGCUCUCCUUCAGUUGCUAGCAUCAUUGCAUCGGGUAAGUGUGGCUCUCUGGCAGUUAACAGAACUUGUCCUCGCUUUCGGAUGUGUAAUCUAUGUUCCUGGAAAAUUAUAUUGUCUUUUAAGUGUCUUAGGAAUACUAUUAAAAUACAGUGUUUACGGGUGCCAAAGAGAAAACAGGUAAAUGCAUUUUAUCGAUGUGUUUUGUACUACCAUCAGGUACUUGGUAUGUUCCUAAGUAUUCCCCACCAUGUUCUUGUUCCAAGGUAAUUUUAGGACAACUUCAGAUCAUUUGACCAAUUGAUCAAGUAUUAUUGUGUUCCUGUCAUCUCAAUACAUCUCAUUCUAGUGGCUAAAGAACCACAAGAGGAGAGAGUUAUCAAUACAGUUUCUAUCCUCAAGUAUUUUAUAAUUAAUCAUAAACUACUCCUUGACCAUUUCUAGAUGUCUGUCUUAUCCCAAGUAAAACAGAGUCUUACCUUUGGUUAUAUCCUCUUCAUUUUCCCUUCCCUGUCAAUGGUUUAAAGUUAUCUUUAAAAAGUAUUAUGUUGCUAUAGGCAUGAGGCCGAAAACAUACCUGUGUUGCAGUUUCUUCUAGCAUUUGGUCUAGUCCUUUUCUUGUUCGUAAAUAAAUUAUUUGAUGUUAUGCAUUAACAAGAAGAUUAAUAAACUCCUAAAGAAGAUGGUAAAAUAAAUGUUUGUUAAGAAGCAAUACAGCUAAAUAAGCAUAUAUUGAUAAGUAAUGUCUAAUGGAAAAUAUUAAAAAGUGAAUUUUUUGAUUUAUGUGUUAAUAAGCUGAAGUCUCCUAUCUUAUGCAUGCAUGAAUUAGCCAAGGGACUAUAAACCUGAAAGCAGGUACUUGUUUUAUUAUUUUCAUUGUUAUUUAUUAUAGUUUUUAUAUUUUAAAUGAACA